UGAAAUGUCUGUUUGGUAAUGUACACUCCUAUUUUGGAGGACGGCGUUUGCAACUCGUCCGCCAACUGUCAAACCACACCCUCACCUGUGUGAUUCCAAGGAAUGCCCUACACAUACACUCCGCUCGGAAAUAGCGUUUCUUUGUUUUUGGUGUAUUUAAUUUAGGACUCCAUCAAAUAAUGGAGCAUGGGCAGACAGAAACCCUGAAGUCUCCUUUGUCUUACUGAAAUGUACAGCAGGGGAAAAGGCAUGAAAGACACCGAAAGACGAAGAGAAGGAGCCGGCGGCGGGGAGAAAAGUCCUAAAUCUGAAAAAGACUGGAGUUGGAUCCCCAAGCUCUUCAAGAAAAGAGUCUGCACCACCUUUGUAGAGGAUUCUUUCCGUAAUGGCAUGUUCUGCCAGUGUGGGGGUGUGAGAACUGCCCAUGGCACUGUGGCGCUCGGUGACUAUUUCAGCACAGCGAUUGUUAACCAAUGGAACAGCACCCAGCAUUCCUCUGAAUACCCGACAGAUGCCUUUGGAGAGCUGCAGUUUUCAGGAGCCAGCAAGAGGCAAAGCUAUUUCCUGCGCUUGUCAUCGGACACACCCCCAUCUAUGGUCUACACCCUCAUGACAGGCACUUGGGGUCUACCUACGCCCAAUCUGGUUGUUUCGGUGGUGGGCGGAGAAACCAGCACAAAGCUGAAGACCUGGGUACGGGAGGUCCUCAGGCAAGGGCUGGUGAAAGCCUCACAGAGCACAGGAGCGUGGAUCCUCACAUCAGGCCUACGAGAAGGUGUAGGGAGAUGUGUUGGAAAGGCAGUGAGGGAUCAUGCUACUGCAGCCUCGUCAGUCUCCCUGAAUAAAGUAGUGGCACUGGGCAUUACUCCCUGGGGCCUGGUGCACAACCGACAGCAGCUGGUUAACCCCCAGGGCAGCCUACCUGCUAAGUACAAUGUUCACAACACGUCCCAGGACUACUGCUGCCUGGACAACAACUAUCAGGCCUUCCUGCUGGUGGACAAUGGGACUGUAGGACGCAGAGGAGGAGAAACGGGGUUUAGGGCCAAACUGGAGGACUACAUCUCCCAUCAGCGCACAGGAAUCUGGGGCAGCGGCAGCAUUGACAUCCCUGUCCUUUGUAUGUUGAUAUCAGGGGAAGCAAACAUGCUGGAGAGAGUUGAUCUUUCUCUGAAAAACUCCAUACCCUGGCUGGUACUGGCUGGCUCAGGGGGCUUGGCUGACUUCUUGAGUGACAUUUUGGAGAAGUUUUUGUCGGCCUCAGUGGUCCAUUCUUCCAGUGAGGUUGAUGGUGAGGCGGGUCCCUGUGUGGAUCUGAAAGAGAGAGUGGCAGAACGGGUUAAGAAGUACUUUCCUUCUGAAGCGGAGACUGACAAACUAGUUGAACAGGCUCUGAGCAUCUGCCAGAACAGAGACUUGAUUACAGUCUACCAUGGAGAGCAGGAGAGCCCAAAUGAUUUUGACACAGUCCUGCUCAAAACACUGGUGGGAGCUAGUAAACAGCACGUGGCAGCUGAUGCUAGCCCUUAUAGUGAAGAGCUGAAGCUAGCAGUUGCAUGGAAUAGGGUUGACAUCGCUAAGAGUGAACUCUUCAAUGGAGACAUUCACUGGAAGUAUGAAGAAUUGGAAGACUCUAUGACUGAUGCCCUAAUCAAUGACAAGCCUCAGUUUGUGCGUCUUUUCACUGAGAAUGGCUUCAGCAUCCUGGACUACCUGACUUAUGACAGGCUGGAAAAUCUCUACUGCUCAGUAGCCGAGGGGACGCUUCUCUACCAACUGCUACGGCGCUGCCUAGGAGAACGGCUAAGAAUUACAGCACCUGCGCCUACACUGUCUGUCCAGAAGGACUCACCUUCCAAAGUUGGAGCAGAGAACAUACAGAGCGGGCCAGCGACGGAGAUCAGCCUCUUUGAGGUGUCAGGGGUCCUGGAGCUGUUGAUGAGUGAUGUCUGCCAGCCAUUCUACUAUGAUGUGUUGGGCUUAGACAAGUUUCCAUCCAAGAGGAGUGCUCUUAGGCAAGCCAGUAAGCUACUGCGUGGAGACCGCUCUUACCGGAAGGAGCCCUGCCUCUUCCCCUGGCACUCACUCUUCAUCUGGGCAGUGCUGCAGAACCGCAGUGAGAUGGCCACUUUCUUCUGGGAGAUGGCAGGUGAGUCGGUGCUGAGUGCUCUGAGUGGCUGUAAGAUCCUGAGAGAGCUGUCUAAGCUGGAGAUAGAAACGGAGACCAAACUGUCAAUGAAAGAGCUGGCCCAGAAGUUUGAGAGCCUGGCACAUGACAUCUUCAGCUCUUGUUAUCGGAACAAUGAGAGUCGCUCUUUCACGCUGCUGAUUAGGAAAUCUCCAGUUUGGAGCGGUACCACCUGCCUCCAGAUGGGAGUGGGUGCUGAUGCACGUCUCUUCUUCAGCCAUGAUGGCGUACAGUCUCUGUUGUCCCAGAUCUGGUGGGGUGACAUGAAGAAGAACACAGAGGUGUGGAGGCUCCUGCUCACCUUCUUCUGCCCCAUCCUUUGCUACACCAACUUUAUUUCCUUCAGGAGUCACACAGACCAGCAGCAAGAGGAGGUGGAGGAGAGGCCUAACGAGGACGGGUUGGGCCAAGAUGACAACGCCUAUGGCACCACCAUCUUCUCUUUCUCGGACAUCAAGCACAUUGAAGUCGAUGGACAAGAAAUAAGCACUCCCAGGACAGAAGCCAUCAAAGGCAUACCUCGUACUCACAGACCAACAAAGCGCCCCUUCAUAAUAUCAAGAUGGCGCCAGUUCUGGGUUGCACCAGUCACCUCAUUUCUGGGCAACGUCUUGAUGUUCUUCCUCUUCCUCCUGCUUUUUGCCUAUGUGCUGUUAGUGGACUUCACACCCCCUCCACCUUCUGGUCCGUCCAGCACUGAGUUUGUGCUGUACUUCUGGGUAUUCACCAUAGUGUGUGAAGAGAUCCGAGAGGCCUUCUUUGGGGGGAUGAUGACUUGGCGUCAGAGUAUCAGAGUGUACAUUCAAGACGUGUGGAACAAGUUUGAUGUCAUUGCCAUCACGCUGUUCAUCACAGGACUGAUCUGCAGGAUGUUUGACUUGUCAUAUGGAUUUGGUCGGGAUGUCCUGUGUGUGGAUUUCAUGGUCUUCACCCUCCGUCUCAUUCACAUCUUUGCCAUUCACAAACAGUUGGGACCAAAAAUCAUAAUUGUUGGCAAGAUGGUGAGAAACAUUUUCUUCUUCCUCUUUUCCCUGGGGGUGUGGCUCGUGGCCUAUGGAGUAGCCAAUCAGGCUUUGCUUUACCCCUAUGACCCUCGCCUAGACCGCAUCUUGCGCCGGGUUUUUUACAGGCCAUACUUGCACAUCUAUGGACAGAUCCCGGUGGAAGAAAUGGAUGUGGGACACCAAUGGGACAAGAUCUGCACAGACAACAGGACAUUGAUUAAGGAUGGUGCAGAGCCGUGCAGAACUGAAUCUAAUAACUGGCUGGUAGUAAAUCUGCUUGUUAUUUAUCUGCUGGCCACCAAUAUCCUGCUGAUCAAUGUGCUUAUCGCCAUGUUUAGCGACACUUUCUCUAAAGUGCAGGCGAACAGCGACAUCUACUGGAAGUUCCAGCGCUACAACCUGAUUGUUCAGUACCACUCCCGUCCUGCCCUGGCACCUCCUUUUAUCAUCCUCUCUCACCUGAAUCUCUUUAUCAAGAGGAUCAUACGCAAGGUGCCCUCGAUCAAGAUCCACCACUUUGUAUUACAGGUAGAAGGGAAAGCAGCCAACAGGCUGGUGACAUGGGAAUCCAUUCAAAAAGAGGACUUUCUAACUGCACAAAACACGAUCCAAAAAAACUGUGAUUCAGAGAGGCUCAAACGGAUGUCUGUAAAAGUGGACACUGCGCUUAAACAUCUGAAUGAAAGCAGAGACUUUGACCACAGGCUGAGGGCUCUGGAGACAGAGAUGGAGUAUUGCUCAAACGCUCUCAGCUGGAUUGUGGAUACUCUGGCUCAAGGUAGCACAUUCAAACCUCCUCGGCCUCCACCUACAUCUAGAGAUGGGCUCACGUCUUCUUCCACUUCCACCUGAUUCAGCCUUGGUGAUGCCUUCACCAGUUUAGGGUCAGUAAAUGACAGUGAUGUAGCUCUUUUAUCACCUACCAGUCUUACUGUUUUGGAGCCAUGCUGAUCACUGGACUCAGUUACCACAAGGUUUUUAUAAUUCUAAACUAAAGAGGGAAAUGCAGCCAUCACUACUUGUUACAGUAUUGAAUACAUGAAAAGACUGUUUUAAGAGGGCAAUCUGUCUUAUUCUAAUGCCAAAGAGUAGUGUAUAUAUUGAUGAUCUGGCAUGAUAUCUUUUAUUGGCAGUGAUAUUAUGACUUUAUUGCUGUAGUUUUAAGCUGAUGCCUGGAAUUGUGUGUGUGUGUGUGUGUGUGUGUGUGUGUGUGUGUGUGUGUGUAUAUAUAUAUACACAUAUACAGUGUGUGUGUAUGUUUUUCGGUGUGUUGUACUUGUAUAUGGAUACUAUAAUAUGUAACAUGUUGAUACUUUAUAUGUUCACUUACACUCUGACUAAAUGGUUGAUUACAUUCAGUUAGACUAAAUCCUGUAUUUGUGUUGCUCUAUUUUUUUUUUCUGUUCAAUAACUUGUACGUAAAGUAUCAUUAAUGAGCUCGUAGUCUCACAAUACUGGUGUGACAUUUUGGGUGUGUCAAAUGAAAAGAUUGAUACCACUUUAAUGAGUCAGCAGAUGGGUAGCCUAGCAUAAAACCUGGAAAUAACAAGCAACAGCUAGCUUGGCUUGAGAUAUAAUAUGCUAAUUAGUGAGCUUUAGAGUUGGUUGUAUGUGGACAUAGCUAGGAUAGCUGUUUUUCCCUGUGGCCAGUCUUUAUGCCAAGCUUUGUUAACCAGCUGAUGGCCCCAACCCCUUGCGAGUGGUAUCGAUCUUCUCACCAAACUCUCUGCAAGAAAAUAGAGUAUUUUCCAAAAUGUUAAACUAUUCCUUUAAUAAUAAA